UAAUGGCUAGAAGAGCUAGACAUUCUAGCAAACUCCAUGAGUGUCACGUGCGCGGCAGGGUAAACUGCAGGGAUGUAAAUAUAAAUAUAAUAAUCAUAUCAGGUAAACCUAUAUUUAUCCAAAUUACUGAUUGUCACAAUUUCUGCCCCCUUAAGGUACAUUCUUAGUGCAGCAACGGUAGUGGAAGUGUAUCGGGUGCAGAAACACUCUAGAUUUAUGCACUAUAUACAUUCAACAGUUAACUCAUAGCCGAUGGUAGAGGCUCAGGACCAACUGAUCAUUACUACUGCUGGCUACGUUUUGAUCCAAAGUCCAGGGAAGAGAAUCGCCAGUCACCUCCCGAUGCGAUAUUAUCACGGUACCCAGACAAGGAGGAUUUCAAAGAUCAUCAACAAUGUCGAAGGCAACCAAGCGUAAGCAUGUCGUCAAGGAAGUUCUAGGAGACUACAUCACGCCUAACGAGAAACAGCAGAUUAUGAGGAUUAUGGGAAGCAAUGGCAAUAACCUCCACGAGGCUGUGACUGAGAGUGGUGAGAAGUUUCUUCUCAGCAUGCCCACAAAGUUCCGCAAGAACAUCUGGAUUAAAAGAGGUGAUUUUGUGAUCGUAGAUCCUAUCGAGGAAGGUGACAAGGUGAAAGGAGAGAUCCACUUUAUUCUCUACAGGGAUCAUAUUGACUAUUUGAGGAAACUUGGCAUCUGGCCUAAAGGAUUUGAUGCAGAUGGAAUAAGAGAAGACCAGAUGCAGAAAGAAGCACAGAAAGAUAAGACUAAAACCAGGGAGGAAAACGAAGGAGACGACAGCAGUGAUUCUGAGGAUGAACAGGACCUUUUUGUAAACACAAAUCGAGUCACUGUGCAGUACAGUGAGAGUGAAGAAGACUCAGAAGAUGACGAAGAGGACAAAGAUGAGGAAGGAGAAGAAAACUUUUAGUGACAGCUCCUCCUGCCAUGACCUUCAUACAAGUUGUAUUAGUGUAGUUCCUUCACCUCGUUUUGAAUUGUCAUUAGUAUUUAUAUACCUACCUAAAUUAACUAAGCCAUAAGGCACGGAAAUGUUGUUAAACAUCAGAUGACUGGUAAAUCAUUAAUUGAUGUAGAAAUUUGGCCCGAGUUUAAUCCACAUUUAAUAAUAAACUUAAAAAUGUUUCCUUGUUAUGCAUAUAGAUUAAAUAUUUCAUGUUGAUCUAGUGUAUUAAAAUGUUUUUUUGUAUCAUAAUGUAUGUACAUAUGGCAAUAAAUUUCAUAU